AUGAACGAGGAGGAGCAAGAACGAAUAAGGAAUCAACCGAGGAUAUCCAACGUCUCGCAGAUUAUACAAAGUUUGCUGCUAGGGCCACAGAGGAAGAGAAGCGAGGAUGAAGAAAAGGAAUCAAAUUUAAGAGCUCUUAAUAUUCAGCAGAUCGCCCGCCCAUCCGAGUAUAUGAGACAAAUGUCGAUGACAACGGAAGAAAGGAUGGAAUAUAUACUGAAAUUCAAGUACAAACAAGAUUUGUCAAACUUUUGUGAAUCCCUGGAUCAGGGAUUCCAAGUUACUCCCAGUGCAUCGCGAUACCUGAAAACGUCCUACGAGCGCGAUCCUUUUUUCUCCGUGGAGUAUCGAGGAAGCUACUACUCGAUGAUGAUCGCGCCAGGACUCUCUAAUUCUUACAAUGUGAGAUUUAUCCCCGAGGAGCUGACAGAUUACGAGUAUCGAUUAAAGUUCGUUACGAAUACUGGAGAAAUUAUAGUUCCGGUUAUAGGGGAAAAACUUGGGAUAGAUGUCCGAUGUUCUGCGCAAAACUGUCCAAUUCGUGUCGACAGAAGCAGUAUAAGGAUGAAAGAAACUUAUUUAGAAUUGUCUAGGAGCAAGACUCUGACGAUUCACAAUAGAAGCGAUUACAUCGUCAACUAUAAAUGGAUGCUUUACAAGGAUAUGGAUACCGAUAUUCAACGAAGAGAACAAUACAAACAACUGUUUCAAUCGGUUUACGAAAUGGAGCUAGUUCGAAGCGUCGAUCUUGUUCAUUAUGACGUUUGUACGCCAGACAUUCAUCAGUUGGUUUACCAACGAAUUUACGGGGACGAAAUCGAGUCAUUGAAGAAGGAAACUUUCCGAUACAAUCACAUGUGCUUCAUGCUCACGCCAGAGAAAUAUUUGAUCGAACUUCAGGAAGGUGAGAUUUGGCCACAGUCGUCGACAGACGUCACAGUUUUGUUUCGCGCAAUGGAAGCCGGAGAAGUAACCAGCACUGCGUUCUUGGAGGUAACUGGUCUCGAGAAUAGAAUACCAUUGAGUCUGUACGGAACAGCCAGGGGACCAUUUUUCCGCCUAAACGUCAUCUCGAUCGAUUUGGUCAACAUUUAUCUUUGUUCGGUGCACAAUUAUGAGGUAAUAGUUGCCAACAAGGGUCACAUACCUGGCACGCUUAUUUAUAAGGCAACACCAACGGACUUCGGUGGUACAAUUGAAGUGACACCCCCUAGUCUCUCGUUAAACCCAGACGAGCAUAAAUCUUUCAAUUUGACGUUCUCCACGAACCGUAAGGGCAAUUUCGUCGAAAGAGUAGAUUUCAUCGUCAAAGAAAGCUUCGAAAUACUCAGCCUGCAUAUCAAGGGUUGCGCCAUAUGCCCCACUUUGCACUUUGACAAGGAGGUUCUCGAUUUUGGGACAACAGCUUUAGGAUUCGAUAGUCGCCGAGAAGUACGUCUGCAUAAUCUGUCGCUUGUACCUGUAGCGUUUAGUAUAACAGUCCAAAACGACGGACACCAGACGCCUCUGACUCACGUAGAAUUUGCUAGAGCACAAACGAAACCUCGUUUCCCAACCGACCCUCGAGAAUUCGUCGUCACCCCUGAGACAGGGGUGGUUUCUGCUCAAGAGUUCCUCAAAAUUAAAGUAAUUUAUACCGCUAAUAUCGCUCGUGUUGGCAAUACAACGCUUCAAGUGGACAUGUGGGACUCUGAUUCAGAUCCAAUGAUAUUACCGAUCAAAUUCUGCGGCAGUGUGGCUUCGAUAUCGAUCUCGCCACCAGAGAUCGUCGAUCGAUCCUGCUUCAUCAAUUUCCCUUGUUUGCAGUCCUUUGACGUAGUGAACGCGUCUGACCUGGACGGAUACUUCUACUUACUGCCGCAACCGGUUUCGGAAGACUCUCCAGUGGUUUAUUCUCUCUCGAUGCAUCAAGGCCUUAUCAGAGCACAUCAGUCAAAAACUAUCGAUGUGACUAUCAUCACGAGGUCCUUGAGCACAGAGACAGUCACACUGAGUAUGUUAAUAAUGGGAGAAGAAUCCCCGUACGCGGCUUGCAUCAUCACGUACACCGGUCAAGGGCCCAUCGUUUCCACGGAACCGACUGCUUUGGACUUCGACGAGGUCCAAGUUCUCGAGGAACAGGUAAUGGACUUCCUGCUGAUCAACGAUUCCCCGAUAUCAGCGCACUUCAAGGCGAGCAUGAAAAGAUCACCGUGGAGUGUCAGUCCAGAAUCAGGUGACCUCGAGCCGCACGAAUCGAUAAAGAUCGAUGUCAAAUUGUACCUUCGCGACGUCGGAAAAUACAAUGACAGAGUCAUGUUAUUUAUUAUUAACAGUCAAACGAUUUCCGUCCAUCUGAGGACAAUCGGUGUCGGAUGCAGCGUCGUUUUCGAGCCACGAAUAUUCCCUGUUUACGACUGGGGUCUCCUUUUCAGCCACGAAAAAAUCAAUCGGACGAUAACGUUGAAAAAUUACGGAAGUUAUCAGUAUCAGAUAAUUUGGUCAACCAAACAGGACAUACAGAUCAAUCGAGGUCAGGUCGUACUGGCACAUAGCUCGAAGUUUCAAAUUCAACCUCUGAUACUGGAAGUUCCGCCUGGAGAAACGAAAGUGGUGCAAUGCGAAUUGCUAUGGGAGGAAAACGAGUCCUUGCUGGAAGACUGGUACGUUUUCGGUCAGAUCCAGGGAAUCGGAAAACGCGAACUGAUCGGUACUUCGACAUUUAAAGUCACUCUGACGGAACCACAGGUUUCGUUCAGCAAAAAAGAAUUAUUAUUCAUCGUUAACAUUUGUCCCGACGGUGAUAAAAUGCAACAAACAGAUAAAUUGUUAGUAACAAAUCGGUCGAAGCUAAACCUGAACGUGCAGCUUUCGGUCCAGCCACCAUUUCGUUUGCUGACCAACGCGAAUGAGCACGUGCAGAGCAUGAGAAUCGUUUUAAUCGACGGAGCUACUACGACGAUUCGUGUAUAUUUCUCGUUCGACAUCGAAGGGAACGAUCUCUAUUCUCGAAGCUACGUUGAAACGAUUCGGUUUGAAUACGACGAACAUCCUAAUCAGGACAGAAUUGAGUGCAAGGGGUUCGUUAAUUUUCCGAAUCUGGUUUUGGAUCCCAGGGAUUUCACUGUUAAUUGCGAACUUGGCUCGAGCGCCGAGAAAAUAUUGACGUUGACCAAUAAUGGGCCCGUAUCGGUCGUAUACAAAUUCCAGUGGUUGGAGGAUUCCAUCGAGAUAGAACGCGACACGCAUAGCAAUUGCGAGUGCAUGUUGCAAUCAUCGCGUCACGAGGAAUUAGUAAUUUCUAAUGUUUCUGAACCAGCUGCAACAAACGAGGAUAUUUGCAUAAGCGACAGACAAGAUGGAAGCGGAGAUGGGCCACUCGAAUCAAUACCACCACCUACGAAUUCACUCGCUUCGGUUACACAAAUACAGAAUGAUCAAGCAGAGAAUGGAAUGGAUGAUACGGAAGAGAAUUUAAAGACGAAAAAUUGCACGGCGUCCAACAAAGAAAUAAGAGAAUUUUUAAUGCCGUUGAUUGGAAAAUAUUUCAAUGAGGAAAAGGAUCUCGCUGCACUGGAAAUGUUAAGCUCUGAGCCUCGAAAGGAUCAUUUCAUCAAUGAAGUGUUAGAUAUUGUUCCAAACGAAGGAACCGUGCCUCCAUAUACGAUACAACACGUUCACAUCGGAUUUCACAGUUUUGAACCGCUUCGGGUGAAAGCCACGGCCAUUUGUGAUAUUUUCCGCGGCCCCGCCGAAGAAAUUAAAAUAUUCGCGCGUGGAGACGCUAUACAAUUUUCGAUAGACACCCACGUCAUUGAUUUUGGCCAACAGCUAUUUUUGGAAUCCAGUCGGAGGAAUUUCGUCUUAAAAAAUAAGAGCAAGAUAGCAUUCGAAUAUAAAGUAAUUGGGUCGGUUUCUACCACCGAAGAUGCGAUCGAUCGUUUCGAUAUAAAUCCUCUGAAAGUCGAGCCCCGCGCGGGAUUCGUGGACGCUCAGUCAUUCGUGGAAUUUCACGUGGAGCAACGCUCGACGAUGCUUGGUCCCAUCGAUCACCAAUUUCAGCUCGAGAUUGGCCAUUUAAUGCCUGUGACGAUAACAGUGAACGCGUUUGGAACCUUCCCACAGGUGUAUCCGUGUAUUUCGAAAGGGAAUGCACAUUCUAUCGAGUUGGAAUACUCUGCCAUUCAAUCGUUGACCGCCGAGUUCAUUACUGACUCCCUUCCAUUGGAGUGUGACGCGUUCGCGAAGAAAGACGAUUUGGGCAUGGUAGAUAUCGAAAUAUUGACCGCCGAGGAAUGGAGCAUCGUUUCCUCCGACGAAUUAUUACCACGUACCAUGGACAUAGAAAUGGCCGUGGAAAGACAUUUGGCAAAGAGGUUCGUCGACUCAAAUUCAUUCAUCCUGAUGCAGUGCAGUGGAACUCGCAAAAAGGAACCGAUUCCUCGUCUCCUUUCUUCGGAGUACGUUAUAGACAUGGGGUACCUGAUCGUAGAAUUUUCCUCUUAUUACUCCACGGUGGUAAUUAACUACGGCCCUUGGAACGUGGAAAUGCGAAUGAAGAAAUUGGCAAAGAAGAACGCACUGGCGAAGUCUGGCAUCUCGGUGCAAUUUAAAAACCACGUGAAUUUAAUGGUCGGUAAUUGUGCCAUUCUUCAAGUAACUUGGUCUCCAAGUCGAGAAAAGUAUAAAGAGAGAGUCACGCAUAUCGUGCAUACUACAUUCAUAGAGGUGAUACACGGAUGCACAAUCCCGAUAACCAUAAAAGGAACAGUGACCUACCCCUUUGUCACAGUAAAUACAAAAUUUUUGAACUUCUCUGAAGUCGUCGUGGGAGAGUGCUUAGUCAUGUGCAUUUUAAUAAAAAAUGAGUAA